GUCCACACCUUCAGGCCCGAGAACCUCCUGCUGGUGUCCACCCUGGAUGGAAAUCUCCAUGCACUGAGCAAGCAGACGGGGGACUUGAAGUGGACCCUCAAGGAUGAGCCCACCGUCCAGGGACCCACGUACGUCACAGAAACGGCUUUUCUCUCAGACCCAACGGACGGCAGCCUGUACAUCCUGGGGACCCAGAAACAGCAGGGCUUGAUGAAACUGCCAUUUACCAUCCCAGAGCUGGUUCACACCUCUCCCUGCCGCAGCUCUGACGGGGUCUUCUACACAGGCCGGAAGCAGGACGCCUGGUUUGUGGUAGAUCCUGAGUCAGGGGAGACCCAGACGGCUCUGACCACAGAGGGUCUCUCUGCCGCCCACCUGUACAUCGGCCGAACGCAGUACACGGUCACCAUGCACGACCCCAGGACCCCAGCCCUGCGCUGGAACACCACGUACCGCCGCUACUCCGCGCCGCCCGUGGAUGGCUCACCUGGGAAAUAUGUGAGCUACCUGGCCUCCUGCGGGAUGGGCCUGCUGCUAACUGUGGACCCAGGAAGUGGGGCGGUUCUGUGGACGCAGGACCUGGGCGUGCCCGUGACGGGUGUCUACACCUGGCACCAGGACGGUCUGCACCAGCUGCCCCACCUCACGCUGGCUCGGGACACCUUGCAUUUUCUUGCUCUCCGCUGGGGCCACAUCCGACUGCCUGCCUCAGGCGCCCAGGACGCAGCCACUUUCUUCUCUGCCUCAGACACGCAGCUUCUGAUGACACUGUACGUGGGGAAAGACGAAGCUGGCUUCUAUGUCUCCAAAGCCUUGGUCCACACAGGGGUGGCCCUGGUGCCCCGCGGACUGACCCUGGCCCCCGUGGACGGCCCCACCACGGACGAGGUGACACUCCAAGUCUCAGGGGAGCGAGAGGGGUCGCCCAGCACUGCGGUCAGAUACCCCUCGGGCAGUGUGGCCCUCCCCAGCCAGUGGCUGCUCAUCGGACACCAUGAGCCACCCCCAGUCCUGCACACCACCAUGCUGCGGGUCCGUCCUGCCCCAGGCAGAGGGACCGCCGAGACAAGACCUUCGGAAGGCACCCAUGCUUUGGCUCCCUUCUUGGGGGUCCUGAACCUGAACCAGGAGGAACUGUGGGACUCGGAGCUGCAUCCUGAAGAGAAAACUCUAGUCUCUUCUCCAGGGCUGGGAUACCAAGACCUGCUGGCAGCUGUGCUCACUUCCGCCCUCCUGGGAGGCUGGAUUCUCUUCCUCAUGAGGCAGCAGCAGCAGUUGGUGGAGACGGAGCCGCAGAUUUCCCCGGCACCUGCAGGCCCUCCCGAUGUCCCACAGGGUGCUCAGGCCCAGGCCUCCGGGGCCACCUCGAAGGGCCAGAAGAGGGUUCAGAGCCCCUCAGAAGAAGCCUUGCCAUCCUGCGAUCCUGAGGCCCGGCAGCUCACUGUGGUGGGGAAGAUCUCCUUCCACCCCAAGGACGUGCUGGGGCGCGGGGCAGGCGGGACCUUCGUCUACCGGGGACAGUUUGAGGGGCGGGCAGUGGCUGUGAAGCGGCUCCUCAGGGAGUGCUUCGGCCUGGUUCGGCGGGAGGUGCAGCUGCUGCAGGAGUCCGACCGGCACCCCAACGUGCUCCGCUACUUCUGCACCGAGCGGAGCCCCCAGUUCCACUACCUUGCCCUGGAGCUCUGCCAGGCGUCCUUGCAGGAGUACGUGGAGAGCCCUGACCCGGACCGCUGGGGUCUGGAGCCCAGGAUGGUGCUGCAGCAGCUAACGUCGGGCCUGGCCCACCUGCACUCCUUACACAUAGUGCACCGCGACCUGAAGCCGGGCAACAUCCUCAUCGCCGGGCCAGACAGCCAGGGCCAGGGCAGGGUGGUGCUCUCAGACUUCGGCCUCUGCAAGAAGCUGCCGGCCGGCCGCUGCAGCUUCAGCCUCCGCUCAGGCAUUCCCGGCACGGAGGGCUGGAUGGCACCCGAGCUCCUACAGCUGCAGCCCCCGGACAGCCCUACCAGCGCUGUGGACAUCUUCUCUGCAGGCUGUGUGUUCUAUUACGUGCUUUCCAGGGGUGGCCACCCCUUUGGAGAGAGUCUUUGCCGCCAGGCCAACAUCCUUGUAGGGACUCCCUGUCUGGCUCAUCUGGAGGAAGAGGCCCAUGACAAGGUGCUGGCCCGGGACCUGGUUGAAGCCAUGCUGAGCCCGCUGCCACAGGCCCGCCCCUCUGCCUACCAGGUGCUGGCCCACCCCCUCUUCUGGAGCAGAGCCAAGCAGCUCCAGUUCUUCCAGGAUGUCAGCGACUGGCUGGAGAAGGAGUCUGAGUGGGGUCCCCUGGUGACGGCACUGGAGGCAGGAGGCUGCAAGGUGGUCCGGGACAACUGGCGCCAGCACAUCUCCGUGCCACUGCAGACAGAUCUGAGAAGGUUCCGGUCGUACAGGGGGACAUCAGUGAGAGACCUGCUUCGUGCCAUGCGGAACAAGAAGCACCACUACAGAGAGCUCCCCGCCGAGGUGCAGCAGGUGCUCGGCUGCGUCCCCGACAGCUUCGUCCAGUACUUCACCCGCCGCUUCCCGAGGCUGCUCCUCCACACUCACCGCACCAUGCGGAGCUGUGCCUCCGAGGGCCUGUUCCUCCCCUACUACUUGCCGGCCUCCCAGCCAGGGCCUCUGCCAGGGAGCUGAAGCCGCCAGUGGCCUCCACCCCAGCCAGCCAAGAAGCUGGGCCUGCGGCGGAGGCUGGCCUAGCAUAAAGACCGGCAGCGGCUGGCGGGCUAUGGCUGCGAAGCUGCCGUGCCCUGAAGCCCCGGCACCCUCAGGGAAUACAAGAAGAGAAAGCAGAUUUACACAUGUUUAAUGUAUAUAAAGCUAAGGAAAGGACA